UGAGAGUAGACAGUAGAAAGUGCUCGAGCGUCGCGUCGCCCCUGGCCGAGGGCCCUCAGCCCUGGGUCCUGGGCCCGGAGUCGCCGUGCGGCCCGCAAUCAGUAUAGUUCUUCGUCCGUGUCUUGUCCGUUGUGCGGUUCAUGUCUCGCACCCAAGUUCACCACCUUGACCUCGCGCCCGUCCUUUGACCCCUGGUUGGACUCAGCUGCUCACAUGUCGCGGUCUGGACUGUCUUAAUUCGAGAUGACAAGGGGCCGGAAGUCUAUUCACCAUUUCUCCAAUCAGAACUCAGAUCCGCUAUCCUACAUCUGAUGGAAUUUCGGUCAAACACAAAUGAAGCGAAUAACCAGUCCUAUUUUUCAGCUGGAAUAUGAUCACUUCGGCCGGAUGGACUCUCUUUCUACAAAUCGCGUUGUUUCUAACGCAGACUCUUGCCGACAUACCUCCAAAUAUUGUUUUCAUCUUGGCCGAUGACUUGGGCUGGAAUGAUGUGGGUUUUCACGGGUCGAAUGAGAUCCCUACACCAAACAUCGACGCUUUGGCGUUCACCGGUGUCAUUCUCAACAACUACUAUGUCAUGCCCAUCUGCACACCCUCCCGGAGUGCUCUCAUGACUGGAAAACACCCCAUCCAUACAGGGAUGCAGCAUACGGUGUUGUUCGGAGCGGAGCCUCGAGGUCUUCCACUCGAGGAAAAGCUGCUGCCUGAGUACUUGGCCGAACUGGGCUACACGAACCACAUGGUCGGCAAAUGGCAUCUGGGCCACUACAAAAAGGAGUACACGCCGCUCUACCGAGGAUUCCAGUCCCACGUUGGAUUUUGGACCGGGCACCAUGACUAUUUUGACCACACCGCUCAUGAAACUGGUACCUGGGGCCUGGAUAUGCGGCGCGGGCUGGAGGUUGCCUACGACUUGCACGGUCAAUACUCGACGGAGAUAUUUUCGCGAGAGGCGAGCGCCAUCAUCCGCUCUCACAACACUUCGACACCGCUCUUCCUGUACGUGGCGCACGCUGCCAUGCACUCCUCCAACCCCUACAGCCCCAUCCCUGUGCCCGAUGCUCUUGCAGCCUCGCCCAUAUUCAGCCAUAUCCAUGACUUUCACCGGAGACAAUAUGCUAUCGCGUUGCAUAAAUUGGACGAGUCCGUUGGUAUGGUCGUGGAGGCACUAAGCGAGAGGAAAAUGCUGGAGAAUACGAUUAUUGUCUUUUCUUCGGAUAACGGCGGCCCUGCGGCUGGUUUCAAUCUCAACGCAGCAUCCAACUGGCCCCUCAGAGGCGUAAAAAACACUUUAUGGGAAGGGGGAGUUCGUGGUGCUGGGCUGAUUUGGAGCAGCGCCUUUGAGAAUCCAGGUCGAGUUUCUUCGCAACUUAUGGAUAUCACUGAUUGGCUUCCUACACUCGUUGCAGCAGCGAAUGGCACUUUUGACAGCGACAUUGAUGGGAUAGAUGGGCAGGAUGUGUGGAGUUCGUUGGUAAGCGAGGAUGACUCGGUGAACAGGACGUUGCUCAUCCAUAACAUUGAUGACAUCUACAAAAGUUCAGCCAUUCGCUUUGGCCAGUGGAAGCUCGUCAAAGGGACAAAUUACGAAGGCAAAUGGGACGGCUGGUAUGGUCCCUCCGGAAGAAAUCUGCAUCACUAUGAUAUUGAUCUCAUUUUAAAUAGUCACGCUGGCAGAGCCCUGAAAAAAAUUCACAGAGCUCCUACACCAGAACAGAUCUCGAAUUUGAGACGAGAGUCUGAGGUAGUCUGUUCGCACCGGUCCAGUAACGACAGUGCUCCUUGCUUCCCCCUCAAGAAACCGUGUUUGUUCAAUAUCGAGGAGGAUCCAUGUGAGAGAUAUAACCUCGCAGAAAGAGAGCCUGAGCUGUUGAGGGAUUUACUCGACCUUUUACGAAAGGUGAACGAGACGGCAGUGCCCCCUGGAAACUUGCCCCUGGAUCCGCAGGGUUUGCCCCAACGCUGGGGAUACGUUUGGACUAAUUUUGGAGACCUCAUCACUGAAAAUGAUGUUAUGUAACACCUGAUGUUCCUGAUCUCGUGGAUUUUUUAGACCCAAAGUUGUUACCCUUAUAAACGUCGAUUAAAUCUCUUGGGGAAAAACAA